AGAAAAUAAAAAUCCAACCAAAAGAAGUACAAAUAAGAAACCAAUAAAACCAAGAACAAAAUCAAUAAUGCAAGAAAUCAUACUUUACAAACCCCACAAUACUAUACACUUAUAAUUUCAUAAAAAUUGAUUGUCUUUCUCUCAAGAAUAUUUAUCAUGAACAACACUCAUAAUUUUCACGACGUCGGCAGAUCCGGAGUUGCACCACCACCGAUGAACAGCGCAAUGACGCACCACCGGAAAAUGAUGAUGCAUAUGACAUUUUUCUGGGGCAAGAACACCAUAGUUCUCUUCCCCGGUUGGCCGGGCUCGAAUACCGGCAUGUAUGUUCUAGCAUUAAUAACAAUGUUCUUAUUAGGGUUUUUAGUUGAAUGGCUCUCUCAUUGCAGAUUGAUUCGUUCAGGAUCUAGCAAUGUGGCUGCUGGAUUUAUACAAACAAUUAUGCAUGCUAUAAGGAUAGGUCUUGCUUAUAUGUUGAUGCUUGGUGUAAUGUCUUUUAAUGGCGGUAUAUUUAUUGCCGCUGUUGCUGGACAUUGUUUAGGGUUUUUGAUUUUUGGAAGUAGGGUUUUUAGGGAUACAGAAGAUCAUUCUCCUAGAUAAGAAAAACUCGGAUCUUCCUACUAUGAGUUGUU